AUGGAAAUACUCAAGCUCACAUCUUCUGUACCGGUCAACCAAGAUGUGAGAGCAUACUUCAACCAGACUGUCCCCGAUGGCGCCGAACCGUGGCUAUCCAAGCCAGAAGUUCCAUCUCCAGAGGAAGUCAUGGCCAACAAUACCGAUGAGGAUGAUGUGAUGUUGGGACCAAAUAAGAUCAUCGGCCCAUGGGAGUCUAAAGAGGCAUACCUGAAAGCCCACUACGAGCUUUUGAGGGAAGACUCUGUGGCGCCACUCAGAGAUGCAGUGGCAUAUUUCAGAGAGGACCCCCGCAUGAUGGACUCCCCCGUCGUGGCGAUCUACGAAAAGGUCCACAUUAUUGGAAUCACACUCGCAAAGAGGGGCCUCGCAGCUAGAGUUCAGUUCUCCGCAGGCCGAUCUGGCAAGAAAAUUAUCUGGGAGUAUUCGAAACGGCUCAUUACCGGAUCAAUCGUUGCGCUGUCUCCUGCAAAAGACUCUUUUCGCAAUGAAUGUAUUAUCGCCGUGGUCGCAGCCAGACCUUUGGAAGGGGUGAAGCAAGAGCCUCCACAGAUUGAUAUUUUUUUCGCCCGCCCCCAAGACACGGUGUUUGAUCCCCAGGCAGAGUGGGUUAUGGUCGAGGCUAAGACGGGGUACUACGAGUCUGCGAGACACACCAUGACGGCCCUUCAAAAACUGAGCCAGUCAAAGUUUCCCCUAGCAGAGCAUAUCUGUUUCUUGGACCCGGAUAUCGACACCCCUGAGCAUAUAAAGAACGAAAGAACGGUUAAUGACCGCCUCGCCACUGAAACAACUGGUGAUGGAACAAUUGGUGGCGAACAAAAAGACCAGAUCCUGGACUGGUUCCCUGCGCUGCCCAUAGAAGAUUUGGACCUUACGCAAAGGAAGGCUUUGGAGCAAAUUCUCACCAAAAGUCUGGCAAUCAUUCAUGGCCCUCCAGGGACUGGGAAGACAUACAUAUCAGUUGUCGCGCUGAAAUUAUUGCUCUCUAAUAUGAAUCCCGGCGAUCCUCCCAUAAUCCUCUCUUCUCAGACCAACCAUGCGUUGGACCAGCUCCUGAGGCACAUAUCAUCAUUUGAAAAGGAUUUCAUCCGCUUGGGCGGCAGAAGCGGCGAUCCGGAAAUCAAGAAGCGCACUCUGUUCAAUGUCAAAAAAAGCAAACCGGAAACGACAAUUCGAGGAAGUGUCCUUGGGUCGGCCUCAAUGACGCAUAAGAACCUGAGUCGACUGAUCCGAGAGCAUUUGCAGGAUUUCAAUCUUGGUAGCCUUGACAAUCCGUUUCCAGCGUCUUUUUUCCUCAGGCAUGGUUUAUUGACGCAGGAACAAUGCGAUAAGCUGGCGAAAGGCGCCAAGGGUUGGGUACGCGCCGAAGACGACGAGGACACUGAUCCCUUGAUCACCUGGCUAGGUGAGAAGGCCGCCAGAUUCAAAGUAAAUUAUACCGCGGAAAACUUCGGUUUUGCGGAGGACGAGAUAGAUCUCGAAUACGAGCAACUCAAAGAAUUGGAGGCGGAGCAGGGGCUCGAAGACGAUGACUAUGAGACCUUACGAGGUGACUAUAUACCCCUUCGAGAAGGGGUGUACGGUCAAGAUACCUCCUCUAUCUCCAAUACUACGCUAUUGGAGUUCAUGAAAAACCCGGAUUUGUGGAGUAUCCCUGCCAAAGCGCGUGGCUCCGUUUACAAUGUGAUGCGGAAUUUGGCAAAACGCAAGAUACUAUACGAACUUCGCAGAAUGGCGUCCCUCUACCAUGCAAAUUGCAGAAAACUUCAAAUCGGCAAGUGGGAGUGGGACAACAACACGCUCCGACAUGCGAAGAUCAUUGGGAUGACCGCCACCGGACUGAGCAAAUACAGAGGUCUCGUAUCGAGCUUGAAUCCUCGGGUCGUCCUGAUCGAAGAGGCCGCUGAAGUCAUCGAGGCUCCAAUCGUGUCUGCCUGUUUUGAUUCGCUCCAGCAUCUGAUCCUGGUUGGUGACCAUCAGCAACUGAAAGGGCAUUGUUCGGUAGACGAGCUUGCCAAAGAGCCCUUUUUCCUUGACACAUCGAUGUUUGAACGGCUGGUUACUAAUGGCAUCGACUAUGUCACGCUCCGUCAGCAAAGGCGAAUGGCACCAGAGAUCCGUCGACUGCUGCAUCCCAUUUACGGCACAUUGGAGGACCACCAGUCGGCGCAGCUGCGUCCAAAGGUCCCCGGAAUGGGGGAUUGCCGGUCAUUCUUAUUCUCGCACAACUGGCCAGAGUAUAGUGACAGCUUUUCAUCCAAAUAUAACGAAAAGGAAGCGGAGAUGAUUGUAGGCUUCUUCGUCUACCUUGUAUUCAAUGGGGUCCAGGUGAAUAGAAUCACCGUCUUAACCUUUUACAAUGGACAGAGGAAAAAACUGCUGAGGCUCUUGAGAAGUCACUCCUAUCUCCAAGGCGAGUAUGUGAAUGUCGUGACAGUCGAUUCGUACCAAGGAGAGGAGAACGAUAUUGUGAUCCUCUCGUUGGUCCGAAGCGGGACGAAGAUUGGCUUCUUGUCCGUCGAGAACCGAGUCUGCGUGGCACUUUCUCGAGCCCGAUGUGGUUUUUACAUCUUUGGAAACGCAAAAAAGCUGAGCGCGGCGAGUCCUUUAUGGGAACAAGUUAUCUCCAUUUUGAGGAACGAAAGCCCAGAAGGGCGUUUGGGGGAUCAUCUGCCCCUGCGAUGUAUCAAGCACGGAAACCCGGUAUUGAUAAGAGACCCGUCUCAGUGGACCAAAAAUAAUGGUGGUUGUGAGCUUCCGUGCGAUGAGACAUUGGACUGUAAACAUAAGUGCACCUUACUCUGUCACAGCUUUCCCCACCAUAUGGUGUCAUGUAUGGAGACGUGCAAUCGACAGAUGCAGUGCGGGCAUCGUUGCGAGGAACCCUGUGCCCGAGUCCAUGAUUGUGCCUGUGACUGUCCGCAGAGUUCUGCCAUUGUACCCAUCCAGGACUACGCAAGCCCAGAGGACAGUUUCGGGUGGUCAGCUCAUGCCCUCCAACGGGCAGCGGUCGACGGGAAUCGGGCCUUUGCGAAUGGUGGGGCCAAGGAACAUGAUGCCUUGCCAUCAAGAAUGGCGACACACCCGCUGCCUUCGUCAUUUUCAUCUAGAUCGCAAGUACUGGCCGGUGGCUGCGAUGUUCUAGAAGAUUCGAGAAAUUUGGCUAGCCGUGGCCGCCAUGGUUGGAUUCCAGAUGGCAACUCGGCAGACAUGGAAGCCCCACGGGUACAGCCAAACUUGCUUGAUGAUCAUUAG